GACGCUGCGUUUGCUAAGUUAUCAAGUAAAUUUAUGUGUAUAUUAGUUACUUGUGUUAUUUUCGGCUUUAUUAUUGGAUAGUGUUGUGAUUUUUUUUUAAUUUUGAGUGUACUGAAACCUUUAAUAAAAAAGGAAAACGAUAAAAUCACUCAAAAUUAAAUAGAGCAUGUACAAUAUCCAACAUAAAAGAAGCAUUUAAAAUUAUACAAAAAUAAGAUGGCGCCACAAGAGCGAACUUCUUGUUGUGAGCAGGAGGAUGAUUCCCGCCAAAAUGCGGGCAUAGACAACAAUCUGUCAAACAUCGAUUUGAGCGGGACUUUUUUAAACAAAGCGUUUACACACGACAGCACAGAUAAUACAAGUAAUACAACAAAUAAAAUAAGUGAUAGUGCAAAUAAUAAUGGAAAUGCCAACGUGAAGAAACCGACAGACUUUGAUGAUUUAUUGCCUUAUGUUGGCGAAUUCGGGUUAUAUCAGAAAAUGUUGUUCUUGUUAAUGAUACCGUUUGCAUUUUUUGUCGCAUUCGUUUAUUUUUCACAAAUAUUCAUGACCAUUGUUCCUGAGCAGCAUUGGUGCUGGGUUCCUGAGCUGGCGAACUUAACAGUUGAAGAAAGACGAGCAUUAGCUAUACCACCAAAGUCCGGAGGUCCGUAUUCGCACGACAGAUGUCGCAUGUACUCCGCGGACUGGGCAGCAGCGCUCGCACAGGGCCGUACCACGCCCGACGACGAGUGGCCCACUAUACCAUGCGCCCACGGCUGGGAGUACAACAAGAGCGAUGUGCCAUAUGACACCAUCGCCUCUGAGUUGGACUGGGUGUGCGAGAAGGACAACCUACCUGCAACCGCACAGGCUAUCUUCUUCUGCGGUGCCAUCGUGGGCGGAUUGGUAUUCGGCUGGAUAGCAGACAAGUAUGGACGGAUACCAGCUCUAGUUGGUACAAACUUGAUAGGUUUCACGGCUGGUGUAGGCACCGCGUUCUGCUCGACCUUCUGGUCGUUCGCGCUGUGCCGCUUCCUAGUCGGCCUCGCCUUCGACAACUGCUUUACCAUGAUGUACAUCCUCGUUUUGGAAUAUGUGGGUCCGAAAUGGAGGACAUUCGUGGCGAAUAUGUCGAUCGCUCUCUUCUUCACACUGGCGGCCUCGCUGCUACCCUGGAUCGCGCUGCUGGCGGACGACUGGAGGCUGUUUGCGGCUGUCACCAGUGCGCCCUUCAUACUCGCCCUGGCCACCCCAUGGGUGGUCCCUGAGAGUGCCAGGUGGCUAGUAUCCCAAGGUAAAAUAGACAAGGCCUUAAUCAUAAUGAAGAAGUUCGAACGUAUCAACAAGACAAAAAUACCCGAUAAAGUAUUAAACGAAUUCACUGAAUCAUCUCUAAAAACGAUUAAAGAAAGCGAAGCGGAAUCCCGCAGUUACUCCGUGCUGGAUCUCUUCAAGACGCCUCGUCUGCGGAAGAACGCAAUCCUGCUCAUCAUCAUCUGGAUGGCCAUCUCUCUGGUGUUUGACGGUCACGUGAGGAAUGUGGGCUCUCUGGGUUUGGACAUAUUCCUUACGUUCACCAUUGCCUCUGCCACUGAGUUGCCUGCUGAUACCUUCUUGACAGCGGUGCUUGAUAGGUGGGGCAGAAGAUGGCUGGCCUGCGGCUCCAUGGUCAUCAGCGGUAUCUUCAGUUUGCUAGCCACGGCUGUACCAGUCGGUGGACCAUCAGCAUCAUUAGCUAUAAUGGGGAGGUUUGCGGUGAACAUUUCUUACAACAUCGGACUCCAGUACGCGGCGGAGCUGCUGCCGACAGUGGUGCGGGCUCAGGGUGUCGCCCUCAUACAUAUCAUGGGCUACGUCGCUUCCAUCGUCGCACCAUUCGUUGUCUAUCUGGCUAACAUCUCACAAGACCUACCUCUGCUGAUCCUGGGCGUGCUGGGCGUGAUGGGAGGUCUGCUGUGCCUCUUCCUGCCAGAGACAAUGGACACUGAGAUGCCGCAGACUCUGCAGGACGGGGAGAACUUCGGAAAAGACCAGAAAUUCUGGGAUAAUCCUUGCUUCUCCAGGAAGACAGUCGAUAAUGAGAGUCCAGAGAGGUACACCAAACGAGCCUCAGUUGCGCACGAGGAGCCUCAGUUCGUUAGGGCCCUGCCCAGUGCUAUUAGCUCGAGGGCCUCUAUCAGGGCCUCGGUCAGGGCCUCCGCGAGGGGCUCCCUUAGGAAGCGAGAGGUCAGCAGGAAGAGGGAAGUGGUAUAAGACUAAUAGGAAACUUAUUGGAAAGAUCUCGAAUGUAUUGUUAAUGUUUUUUCACGUUUAGUACAAAUUUUAAAUCAUUUAUAUAAGAAAGACAAGCAUAAUAAAUAUACUAAAUAUUAGAAAGUCUGUUUCAAAUAUAAUGCAGAGACAAAAUACGUAGAAGUACAAAAAUCUAUGAAACAUAGGUUAAGAGCAGCUGACUCUGGCAUUUUUGAAUCCAAUAUCAUUCUUGCCUAAAAUAUCCAUAGCGUGGAUACCUAAUACUUUGAUUUGUAAAAAAAUUGCCCAAUUUCUUGC